AUGUCGCCCUCAGUCUCAAGCCCACAGCUUCGGCACACAAAGUCGAAUCGUGCCAUAUCCAGAAUCGAUCGCACCGAUCCGCUAGCCCUAGCACUCCAACCCCCGGCUAACGAAGCACCAGCCGACAAAUACGCGCGUCUUCACCAAGAGAAAUUGGCGAAACAGCGAUCCGACGAAAUCGACAAAUUCCUCAAACAGCACCAAGAAGAUCGAGCCACACAUGGCCUUGCUUCGUCCCCCUCGACCAGCGUCGACGGCGCCAAUUUCAAAAAGGGUCGUGUCUACAAGAUGGUGCUGCUCGGUCAGGCUGGUGCAGGCAAAACCACGGUGCUCAAGCAGAUGAGACUCCUCUACGAUCCACCCGCACACGAAAGGGAGCGCAGAGGUUGGACCAAAAUUGUUCUGCUCAACCUCACUUCCAGCGUGCGCGUGUUGCUUGAAACUUUGUCUCUCUACCAUGACCAGCGCCUUGAGCGCAAAUCGAGUGAGCUCAGUCGACUCGAAAGCUCCACUUCCGCUUCCACUUCUACUUCUGCUUCCGCCUCGUCCCCCAAGCACGUCGACACGGAGAGCCAGCCGAAUGACGCAACACGUUUGGAGCUUGCCAAGCAGCUAGGUACCACGAAGAAGAUCAACACGUCGAGUCUGCCUUGGCUUACCCAUAUUCCUAGCGUUGUGCAGCUCGAGAGGGCUCUUCGUACUGAGCUGGGUGCAUUUGGAGAAGAGGCAGUCCUCUCAGCGUCGAGUGACGAGGCGGCCAUCACAAAUCAGAAAGUUCGCACUCGUCUCGACGCUCAAGGUAGCAGCAGCAUACGCGGCGAAAAGAGCCCUCUUGUUCUACGACCGGGCUGGCAAGAACGUCUGUUUACCUAUGCUCGUCGCUCCCUGUCCUUGACGCAAAAUGGUCGAGCUGCAGCUGCGCGUCGAGAAACAGAUGGCGGCGACAGCCAAAGUGAAAGUGAAAAGGACAACAGCGAAACGUUGAAGCUACUUCGAGCUAUCCGACCAGAGGUGCUCGCUUUGUGGAAUGACGAUGCUGGUUGCCGUGCGCUCCGUAAACGUGGCCUCUUUCUCGAUGGUCAGUCAGAUGCAGCGACUUCCUACUUUCUCGACAACUACUCUCGUAUCACCGACGCAGCGUAUCGGCCGACGGAUGAAGACAUCCUACACUCGCGCGUGCGCACGCUUGGCGUGACCGAAGACGUCUUUCGCGUCGACCGCUCGCUCAUCUAUCGGAUCUACGACGUGGGCGGUAGUCGAUCGCAACGCGCCGCCUGGGCUCCAUUCUUGGACGACAUUGAGAGCAUCAUCUUCCUCGCGCCACUUUCGGCAUUCGACCAACCGCUGGUCGAAGAUUGCUCGACCAACCGACUCGCUGACACAUUUACACUUUUCAACCAGAUCGUCACCAACCCGCUAUUGGAGCAUGCGACCAUGAUCUUGUUCCUCAACAAGAUCGACUUGCUCGAAAAGAAACUUCGACAGGGCGUACAACUUCACAAGUACUGGCCCGAGUAUGUGGGCGAUAACGAUUUCGAAGCUGUGUGGAGAUGGUUUCGCGCGAAAUUCAGGGAUGCACUCAGACGAGCAGAAGACGAAGUGAACCUCGAUCAGACGAGUAGAAGAAGGCUCUACGUUCACACGACGGUCGCUACGAGCACUGUGCAGAUCAGGGCGAUUCUGAUGAGUGUAAAGGACUCGAUAUUGAGGGAGAACCUCAAACUGACUGGUCUAGUAGGGUAG